GGAGAUGGUGAAGGAAGACUAUCGCGUGUUCGUGGGCGGCCUGUCGUGGGACAUUACCGAGCGCCAGCUCGAAAGAGCUUUCGGCCGGUUCGGCAAGGUCAUCGAGUCUCAGAUCUCAGUGGAUGGUUUGUGACUUUGUGGAAGGAAUUACUAUAUUUUUUACUAAGCAUGAAAGAGUCUUCAUGAAAGGGUCCAUACUUGGGCACAGUGGCUAAUGAUGCUCAUACAUUUGAAAUGAGAGUAGCAUGUAGAAUUGGGGGAAUUACUUGAAAAGUGAAUAGAAGGUUCCGUUUUAGCAGAAGAAGAGGUUUCUCGGUAGCUUGCUACCCCAGUCUCUGCAUAAAGACAGUGCGAAGUUGCUUUUGCACAAUGGAAGUGCAAUUUUUUUUCUUUGAGAUGAAGAAACGAUGCCUUGGUUCCUACAAGUUACUUGAUACGAGAGGCUCAGAAUCCAUGCCUUUCUGUAUCAUCCUUUCGUGGAAAUUGGAUGCCGUUUGCCUCCUUUUAGUAGUUCAGGGCUUCUGAUCUCUGUUUCAAGUUUUCACAUGUUAUCUUUGGAGAUGUCAGGCGAGCAGGGGAAGUAUGAUUUUAUCAACUGUAACUUUGCAGCUGAAAGAAAUACACCGACUUUAACCAUUCUUUUUGGUGAGGAUGUGUUGAUAACGAUUCGCGGUUGCUAGGGGAAUAUGUUUGAGGCUAGCUUGGGAUAUCUGCUAGAGUGAUUGGCUUAUGAUAUCAACCAUUUCCUUUUUGGCCAAAUUUGCUCCUUCUUUCCUUUUUCCAUUGAUUUAUAUAUAAGCAAUGGUACAGAACCAAAGGACGUGGGAAGUUCAGUUCAAUUAAGAGUAAAUCAACAGUUGUCUCACCUAUCUGGAGAAAGUCCUCUGCCGUUUUUUAGUGUCCCAAGAAUCUAAAGAAUCAGUUAUUUUGUUGCCUGUUCGGUAUUCAGUGUAAAGCAGGAGGGUUGCCGUUCCUUGAUCUGUUACUCCGUGGAAAAUAUGUUGUAGGCAGAGUCAAAUGGCUCUGCUUAUCCAGCCUUGAGGAGGGAUGGUGAGAAGAUUCAUUUUAAGUUCCAUGGAGAUCAAAGAUUGAUUGCUAAUGCUGAUGUUGAUUGAGAUUUAUGUAGGACCUUUUGAUAUCAAACUUUUAAUGGAUAAGGAAACUUAAAAUUAGACCCUGAUGAUUUGAUUGCUCAAUUAGAGGCUGUGGUUCUAAUAAGAAAUCUUUCUGCAUGGGCUGGCAUAUGAGGCUACUGAUGCAACCCAGUAUAUGUUCAUCAACCGCUGUCCAUGUUAGGUUUACAUCCAGCUGCUUGAUAGCCAUAUUGAGACUCAUCAGAUCUGUUUUGUCCGUCCGAGAGGAGAAUCAGCUCUUCCUCAGGGAUCAGCUCUCAUAAUUUUGUGUUAUCAGUGUGAGUGGUUCCAUUUGUGAUUUAGUAUUUGAGUUUGUUCGAUUGGGUCAGCUUUUGGCAGUUUCAAGUGCUGAUUGGCCUGAAAAACCUUUUGUUCCUGUCCUCUCUCGAGAUACAUUCUGUCCUCAUAGUAUAACUUCGGAAUACCCUACCAAAGAGAUUGGUGGUAUGAUGUGCGAUCUUCUGAUGGCGGAUCAGUGACUUUCAUAUAACAAGGGCAAUGUGGAGGUGGACACCUACAGUUGUAUCUGUGUGCUAAUUCUGAGAGAUUGUAGAUUUUCCUUUGAGUACUGUCUCUGUUCUCUUUCUUUCCCCGUUUUCUUUUCUGGAAGCAAGAUAUUUCACUGCAGCAGAAUUAUGAACCAAAUUUUCCAACACAAAUUUGAGGAAACAUACCGUGAUGUGCCAUUAGCAUUGAGUAAUUACAGUAUCCAAUGACAAAAAUACUGGAUCGCUGUAAAGUUUUCUCUUCUGUGGGUAAUGCCUGUUCACUAACUGUUGAAGGGGACUAUUAAGAAAUUUGAUGCCGUCAGAACCCUUGACGUGGUCUGAUCUUUACAGUGUUCAUUGCUGGUAUGAGCUGUUUGAGUUUAAGUCUCUUGGCGGCAACAUCAUCUUCUAGAGAAAAUGAAGAAAAUCAGAUUUAAUGGACACUUCUAGUCCAUUCAAAAGUUGUCAGUUGUGUGGUCUAUGACGCGAUUGGCUGAUGCCAGAAUUGCUUUCUCAAUCUUUUGGGGGUACUGAGAACGAAAUUCCGUUUCAACUAAUUUUGGACUGUGCAAUGGCAGACCGUCUUGUGUUAGAUACAAUGCAUUUGUUUGACUCCUUGUCAUGCCUUUCUUGUUAUACAAAACGAAUUAUGCUGGAAAGAGACACAGGCCGUCCUCGUGGAUUUGGGUUUGUAACCUAUGCAGAUCGACGUGGUAUGGAGGAUGCUAUCAGAGAGAUGCAUGGACGCGAAUUUGGUGACCGUAUUAUCUCAGUGAACAAAGCUCAACCCAAAAUGGCAGAUGAUGGGGACCAUGCCUAUCGUGGAGGCUACUCAUCAGGGGGUCGGGGAAAUUAUGGAGGAGACAGGCCUGCUGGACAAGAUGAAUGCUUCAAAUGUGGGCGCCUCGGUCAUUGGGCUCGUGAUUGCCCUUCGGCAGGCGGUGGACGAGGUGGGGGUGGUCCUCCACUCUCCUCACAUUCUCGUUACGGAGGGGCUGGUAGUGGUGGAGAUCGCUUCGGGGGAGAACGUGAUCGUUUCAUUGAUGACCGCUAUGAUGGAGGCCGUUUUGGGGAUAGGGACCGCUUUGAGAGCAGAGAUGUCAAACAUGCUGGCCGUGAUCGCUAUGUUAGCGACAGGUACGCAUCUGGUGAUCGCUUUGCCAGUGACAGAUAUGGUGGUUCAGAUCGCUAUCCUCAGAACGGUUUCAACAAAGAUAGAGGCUACGACAGGGAUGCCGGCCCACGAGGUGGUGGUGACAGGUACGGGAGUGGAGGGCCGGCACGGAACGAGGAUCGGAGCUACCGAAGCAGGGCGGGUCCUUAUGACCGUCCAAGCCGGGGAGGGCGCCCAUCUUCAUUUGAGCGCUACUGAACACUUGGGAGUGCGCUCCAACUGUCCUGCCUCCAGUCUUGUUUAGGCUUAUAUGCCCGACUGUCGGUGUCCCGCUUAUCUUCAAUGUAGGAUGUUUCAGCUGCGACGACUAGCAUGUUUUGCAAACCUCUUACUCUUCAUUUGGUUUUUAUCUGUGUAUGGUCUGUUCAUCUCGCUACCAACUAUAGCGUGUUCUAUGAAAACUUAGGUCAUGUUUUUUCUAUGUAUGUGCUGCUUUUAUAUGGAAUAUGAUGAUGACAUUGAUCUA